GUCGACGCGUCGUCUGAAGCGCGCACUAGCACGUGGUCAUUAUACACUAAGCGCUUGUUAUAGUUCGACCUUCAAACUUCAAGUUCUACUCUAACUUUCAUUUCUAAGUUUCAACGCAUUCUCGAGCCACUAAUGGAAUUCAGGCAAUUUUACGAAUGAGCGAGUGGUCAAUGGCUAAUGGUAUGGGGAGGAAUGACGCCAUCCAUAAAUCGUGUGCCGUUUCGUUUAGUUUUGGUUUUGUUGUUUUUACCUGAUUUAUCAUCCUCCCCGGCUUUCUCGAAUAUACUCUCAUUUUGGCCUCAAUUCAAGAUCUUUACCUUCAAUAACAAUGUCGACUCCAAAAUUUCCUGAGACAAUAGAGGCUUUUGCGAUCAACAAAACUGGUGGCUUUGAAGUUCUGGAAAAGCUGACUUUGCCAUUCCCGAAAGUCGAGCCAGGCCAUUUGGUGAUCAAAGUAGAAUGGAUUGGUGUUAAUUUCAUUGAUACAUAUUACCGUCAAGGACUCUAUCCGUACCCAAGCUUCCCUGCGAUACUUGGGAAGGAAACCUCUGGGGAAAUUAUUGCGCUUCCAACUGACCCAGAAGUCCUCAACAGUCCCGAUUUCCAACGGAUGGAAUAUAAAGUGGGAGGAAAAGUUGCUGUUGAUUUCCUCGGAACCCAUUCAACAUAUAUAUCUGUGCCAUGGAUCAAAGCAUAUCCGAUCACCCACGGCGUCUCCACCAAAAUCGCAGCAGCAGGUCUUGUUCAAAGCCUCACAGCUCUCACUUUCUUCGAAGAAUCCUAUAAAGUCAAAAAGGGCGAUACCAUCCUCAUCCAUACUGUUGCUGGCGGUCUCGGACUAUUGAUGGCUCAGCUAGGCAAACAUCUCGGUGCGACGGUGAUUGGGACGACGUCGACAAAGGAGAAAGCGGAACUAGCGAAAGCCCAUGGGGCAGAUCAUGUUAUUCUGUAUAAGGAGGAGGACACGGUGAAGAGGGUCUUGGAGAUUACUAACGGAGUCGGUGUUGAAGCGGUGUUCGAUGGUGUUGGGAAGGAUACGUUUGAAAGUAACUUUGAGAUGCUCCGCCGAAAAGGUACUCUCGUCUCCGUAGGCAAUGCGUCUGGAGCGGUUCCUCCUGUUUCUCCUCUCAAACUCCUGCCCAAAAAUCUCAAACUGCUGCGACCAACGAUGAACAACUACCUUGUCACGCCUGACGAAGCAGCUUACUAUGGGGACAAAGUUUUCGAAUUUAUCUCGUCCGGUGUUCUCAAGAUCAAUAUAUUCAAGGAGUAUCCGUUCACGCAAGAGGGAGGACAACAGGCGCAGAAGGAUCUCACAGGAGGAAAAACUACGGGCAAGCUUUUGAUCAAGGUUGUGCAGGAUUGAGUCUCGUGGGUAGUGGCAUUCAAAGUACUAGGAGAGUAGUCCUCCACGAACAAGAUCGAGAAGAUGGGAUAUGAAGAGUUGGAGGAGUAGUAAGAAUUCAGCGAGAAUGUAUGGAAGCUAACUAAAUUUGUAUCACCAGCAACUAAAUUUUUCACCUC